AUGCCUGUUGGUUAUGUCUUGUUUUGCGAGCUCUUUGGUAAAGAAAAGUUGAUUGCAUAUCAGCGGGAAUUUCAUGCUUUGAAGGAACGUCUUCGUAUAGCUGAGCAUCGCACUCUGCAGCGCUCUUCGGAGCUGAACGCUAUCUUGGAGCAGUUCAGGCGUGCAGUAGCAGAAACAAAUGGGAGUAAGAAUGCAAUGAAUAAUUUUUCAGAUGAGACGCUGAAAUUGUUGAAAGAGCUAACAAGUAGAAAAUCUCUUCAAGUGCCAAAUAUCUAUUACCAUUUGCCUCAUUUGCUGAAAAAUGAAGGAAGCCUUCAACCCUCAGUGCAGGUUGGCCUUGGAAGGACAGGAGUUUCCAUUGUAAUGGGAAUACCUACAGUGAAAAGAAAAGUCAAGUCUUACCUUACAGAAACGCUCCACUCCCUUAUUGAUAAGCUGUCCCCUGAAGAAAAACUGGAUUGUGUUAUGGUUGUCUUUAUAGGAGAGACUGAUCUCGAUUAUGUUAACAGUGUUGUUGCAAGCCUGGAAAAAGAAUUUUCUACAGAGAUCAAUUCUGGCUUGGUGGAAGUAAUAGCCCCUCCUGCAUCUUACUAUCCUGACUUGACAAACUUGAAAGAGACAUUUGGAGACUCAAAAGAGAGAGUAAGAUGGAGAACAAAACAAAACUUGGAUUAUUGUUUUCUUAUGAUGUAUGCCCAGAAAAAGGGAGUUUAUUACAUUCAGCUUGAAGAUGACAUCGUUGUCAAGCAGAAUUAUUUCAGCACAAUAAAAAACUUUGCACUUCAGCUUGCUUCUGAAGAUUGGAUGAUUCUAGAAUUUUCUCAGCUGGGUUUCAUUGGUAAAAUGUUCCAGUCUCCAGAUAUCACUCUUAUUGUAGAGUUCAUAUUUAUGUUUUAUAAGGAGAAACCUAUUGAUUGGCUCCUGGACCAUAUCCUCUGGGUGAAAGUGUGUAACCCUGAGAAAGAUGCUAAACAUUGUGAUCGACAGAAAUCUAAUCUACGGAUACGCUUCAGGCCUUCUCUUUUCCAGCAUGUUGGCCUCCACUCUUCUCUAGCAGGAAAGAUCCAGAAACUCACAGAUAAAGACUUCCUGAAACCAUUACUGCAUAAAAUCCACGUGAAUCCACCUGCAGAGGUUUCGACAUCUUUAAAAGUCUACCAGGGGCAUACACUAGAAAAAACCUACGUAGGGGAAGAUUUUUUCUGGGCUGUCACGCCAGUUGCUGGAGAUUAUAUUCUUUUUAAAUUUGACAAGCCAGUCAAUGUAGAAAGGUACUUGUUUCACAGUGGCAAUCCAGAGCAUCCAGGAGACAUACUUCUAAACACGACUGUAGAAGUUUUGCCUUUCCAGAAUGAAGAACUGGUAUUAAGCAAAGAAACCAAAGACAAACGCUUAGAGGAUGGUUACUUCAGGAUAGGGAAGUUUGAAAACGGUGUAGCUGAAGGAACAGUUGACCCCAGCCUAAACCCUAUUUCAUCAUUCCGGCUUUCAGUAAUACAAAAUUCAGCCGUUUGGGCAAUUCUGAAUGAGAUUCAUAUUAAAAAGAUUACAAACUGAUCAUGGAAUUCUGCUUUAGAGGAAAAAGGAUCCUUGAAAACUUUUCCUAUAAAAUCUGACAUCCUUAGCAAAUCACAAAUUGAAAAUACUGAGCAUGCACCUUAAUUCCAAAUUUCAUUCUUUUCCACUUGAACUCUACCUCUUGUGAAACCUACUGUAGAUGAGAAGAUUGUAUUUACCCCUUCUUAUCUGAUCCAUCCAGAAACUGAUGCUCCACACUGAUAACGUUCGUCUGAGGCCCAAGUUGUCCUCCACUUUAAUGUGACUUUACCAUCUUAUGGUUACAAAACCCUGCUAUGCUUAAACUGUACUAUUUUGAUAGUAUAGUAAUAUAGAGAAGUUGUACAUAUUGUUACAUUCCUUGAAGAAGAAGAAAAAAAUAUAAUUAUUGUUAAAUAUGUUUUAUGAAGGGGGUACUUUCGGAGUUCCAUUUAUUUUCUAUAACAAGAACCCUCUUUUAUAGACUGUCAGGGAUAUAUAUUAAAAAUGUUAGGGAUAUUUAAUUUAUUAAAAUAAUUUGAAAAGUACAUAUUUUUAUGCAGUAAAAUUUUAAAUUGAUAUAGUUUUUUUAUGAAUUCUCUAGUUUAAGUUAUCUUUCUACAUUUUUCUUUGGAGAUGCAAACAUAAAUUAAUACCAUAUUUCAAAUUUACUGCCAUGUUUAAAAAAAACUAAAUUAAGUUUCUAAAUUACAUAGUUUUGUACACAGAAUCUGAAUGAUGUGCAGAGGCAUAAACAGAGCCUCUGAAGAGCAUUAUUCUUUGGGGCUAUGAAAUUCCACUAUGUACAGUUUGUAGCCACAUAAAAAGCAUGUUAAAUGUCUUGUUUCAUAUUAUGUACUAAAUCGGCAGUGAUUUUAGAUCAAAUCCAUUGCAUUUUAGAAGAUUUUUUUUUUUAUUCCAAACAGUUAUUUCUAAAAAUCUUUGUAAACAUUUCCUAGCCUGAACAAAUUCAUUUUCUGUCCUGAAAAAAAUAAUUCUCCAGCUUUGUUUUGGAGUGAUAGAGGUUACUUUACAUCAAAAGAACAAAUAAUACAUAGAUACAUUUGACCUAUGGAGGUCUCCUUUUAGAAAGUUCUGUUAAUGUAGUGUUCAUUUUGGAUACAUUACAGUUUAUUUUUAUUUUCUUCAGUUGUUCAAAACCAACAUUUUAGUUUUGACUUCUUUAUUGAUGAGUGUAUUAACUCACAUGAACUUUUUACUAGGAACUAAAUUUGGCCUCAAGUUAGUACCCUGCCUUUUCGUUUCAAGGGAAACAACAGUGAUCUUAAAUGAAUCAUAAACUCAGUCAGGAACAAAACAUGGUUUGGAUUACAUCCAGAGGGGAAUUGUUGCAGUACUAAUGCUGCUGGUGCUGCUCUUAAUAGUCUUUCUGCUUAGGUGCUUAUAUGUAAGACACAGGCAUGGGAAGAUUUCAGUUAGUCAGAAAUGAUCAGGAAAAAGAGAGGCGAGAAUUCCUCCCUUUAAUAGGAAAGAAGUGCCUGACUGACACUGGAGGGAGGCAUCUGCCUUGGCCUGGGGAUUCUCAGCUGGGCUAUGAACAAGCCUCCUGGAAUUGACAUCUCAAAAGCUGGAGGGUUUUCCCUAUGGGGAAAAACCCCCACUCUGCUAUUCCCAACAUAGAAUCAUAGAAUCGUUCAAGUUGGAAAAGACCUUUAAGAUCUUUGUGGUCAGGGUACAGAUGCACAAAACCUGUUGCAGGGUCCCUGAUCUAGAGUGGGGAUCUUGAAUUUGCACCUCCGGCAUUAUUUGGCUAAUAGAUUUGGCCUCUCUUUUAUGACACGUUUAUAAGGAGCAGGAGCCUAAACCUGACUCUUCAGCACUGCAAACCAUCACCACUGGGGUAUAGAGUCAAUCUGUCUUUUCUUCUGCCUUGUUGGAAAGUGGUGUCAUAGCUUUGACAGUUUAGCAGUAUUCAAGUUGAAGAGCUUAACUGUUUCGACAGACUGUUGUCAUUUUGGUUUAGCUAUGUUGUCUGGGGACACAGGGAAGACAAGAUUUGUACACAGAGGCAAGACCUUCUGUUUAGACUGACUGGUGUAAGUUCAAGUUAGAAAGCUACCAGGCAGGCCUUGUUUACUUUUUCUGAUCACAUCAGGUGGUCUAAAUAAAAUGUUACUUGGAAAGCUCGCGUUGCCCAUAGAGACUGUGGGCAUAAGCUAAGUACUGGCCACAUAAAUGGAGUUUAUUCUUGGAUUUUGGAACCUGGGUGACUGGCUCUGAUCCCGUGUGACUCUAGCCUGUUGUGGUGCUACUCUAGCCCCGUUUGUCACCUGUGUAAUGCCGUGCCAUCAAAUUAUUGUCAUGCAAUGGCUUUUUAUCACACAUUACCUAGCAAAGGUCUGAGAAAGUAUUGAGGCGUUCUUCUCAUCUGUGUCAGUGGAUGAAUGAUGCAAGUUAUUUACACUAGAGUUAUUUAUUACAAUUCAGACUGCAGAAAUAUGUUAGAUAUUGAAGUUUCUUAAUAUAAUUAGUUUUGCUGACAGUGACCUUUUCCAUUUUUCCAUUAUUUCAGAAGUUUACUGGUACCACUUGUUGGAGAAAGCUGUGUGCUUAUUCUAAAAGCAUUACUAUUCCUGAGGUUUCACAGUAGUUAAGAUGAUUCAUUGCUAAUAUACUUAAAUACAUAGAUCCCUACCACACUGAUUGCAGAACUCCAGUUAACAGUAGUUUUCAAGAAUGUUGAGAUUUAUCCAAGACAACAAAUUACUGCUUGGUAAAAUGGGGAUGGUUUCCUAAAGACUAGUGUAUCUUUAUUAUAUCAUACUACCAGGAGUUGAAAACUUGGGCUACUUUAAUAGUUUCAGUGUUCCUAGUUUAUAUGCUCUCUAAAUAAAAGUGCCACAUUAAGACAAAUUACAUUUCAUGGAUUCAGGUAAAUUCAGAGAUGGUGUAAUCAGGUAGUUCUGCAAAUUUGUUUGGAAAUUUUGCUGAAAAAUAUAAAAAGCAAGGAGGAUAUUUUCUAUUUAAUUAUUUCCGCAGACAGCUAUUUUGGGCUUUCAAAUUUCAAUCCCCAAGUCAGGCUAAAGUGACAAAGUAAGUGCUUAGGCAGUUUGGCUCACCAGCCUUUAGCUCAGGCACUGUUUGUGAUGGAUAUACUCCAGAGGAGCCGGUGUCUCUUGCAUUUGUCCGUCGUAAGUGACAGCAUUGCCAUAAGAGAUCUUAAACAGUAUCUUAAACCUGUUAAAUUAUUUGGGGGAGUUUUUCCCUACAUGUAUUUAAUUUCAGCUUAUUUUUGUUGUUGCCUUAAAAAUCCCCUCUAGGCCUCUGAAUCUUAGCUAUACAGUAAUGGAAAGUGUUUCAAAAUAAAUUGCAUUACCCUAUGAUCCUGCUAGCUCCUUCUGAUGCUGUUAAAGCUUCAGAAAAGUGAACUUUUGUGAAACCAAAGGCAUUGCCAGAAACCUUCAUUAUCCGGGCAAAUUAUUCUUAACUUCUUGUACUGGAUGCCAGACAGACUCGCCAAUACGAGCACUGGCUUUUGUGAGCAGAUUAGGAUUGCUUGGGACCAAGGAAAUACAAGGCUUGCAGUAUAAUGUUGCUUUGCUCGUUCAGUGGGUAGUCCUAAUGAAAACUUUGUAAAUAAUGUGAACAGGAUGUGAUCCCAAAGUAGCACUUUUUAUUUUCUUAAUGAGUGUUUCUAAAGCACUGUAGAAGGCUUUGAGCUUUUGCAAGCAUCUCAAACAGGUAUUUGCAUUGAUGGAAAAAAUUUCUGUAGAUAUAUUUGUUUUUUCUCUACUUAAAGAUGGCUUAGAAAAAUUCAAAGAUAAACAUAUGAUUCAUGGACCAAGAAAAGACUGGACUCUUCUGUCUUGCUGCUACUGCAGCUAGACACUGUUUCAAAAGCAGUUUUUAAAUACCUUGAGUCAGUUUAGGCAAAGCAAUUUGUACUUUGCCCCUGUGAUACACAAUUCCUUGAAUGGGCUGGAGUGUGAUUAGUCUUUGGAAAAAUUGAACAACUGUGUAACAGUUUCCUUCUUUUUUUUUUCAAAUAUAUUUUAAUUUCACU